AUGCUCGACAACGCCAGCAUGAUCGCGUCACUAGAUCGGAGUAUACCGCUCAUUGCAGACGCAGACACAGGUUAUGGAGGACCAAUCAUGGUGGGACGAACAGUCAAAUCAUACAUCGCUGCUGGCAUCGCCGGAUUGCAUCUUGAGGACCAAGUCCAAACAAAGAGAUGCGGGCAUCUCACCGGCAAGGAGCUGGUUGAUGAAGAUGUAUUCUAUUCACGUAUCCGAGCUGCAGUGCUGGCAAGGGAUGAAAUGAGGCGCACAUGUGGCGGCGAUAUCGUUUUGAUUGCACGAACAGACUCCCUACAGUCCUCGGGAUACGACGCAUCGAUUCGACGGCUCAAAAAGGCCGUUGAAAUUGGAGCCGAUGUAGCAUUCCUGGAAGGCCCAACGUCUAUCGAGCAGUGUCGACAAGUCUGUGCCGACCUGACACCAACGCCUGUUCUGCUAAACAUAGUUCCUGGGGGGGUGACACCAAAGGUAUCGGCAGCGAAGGCAAAGGAGCUAGGCUUUCAGAUCGUGAUUCACCCUGGUCUGGCACUGGUGUCGGUGCUCCAUAGCGUUAACGAAACCUUUGCAGAGUUGAAAAGCACCGGAGAUGUCACAGUUGAUGAGGCAAAGGAAAGCGCAAAGGGGGUCUUUAAGGUGUGCGGUCUUACUAACUGCAUGGAAUUUGAUAAAAUGGCUGGAGGGACGUCAUUCAAUAAUGGGAUGUAG